UUAACUCCGUUACCGUUGACACUAGCACCCCUUCAGAGGAGACCAGGCAUAUUGCCGUUAAUUCGGAGGUUGUUUCAUAAACCAUCUUCCCUCCAAAUGUCCUCUCCUUGGGCAACCUAACUGACAAUCAAAUUCAAUAAUGGCUCGCUUGGAAAAAAACAAAAGGACGAAACCAAAGCAGAAGAAAGAUCCCAAAGCUCAAAGAAAGACAGAUUCCAAAUCGAAGUACAAGCCUUUGAGUUACCUUCCCUGCUCAAAAUCUCGCCGCCGGCAACGGUCGCCACUUUCUUAUUCAUUCCUUCUACCUACAGCCAAACAGCUUCAGUUUAUCAAAAUAUCGUUUAAAUCUGCAAGCGGCUUCUUUUCUUUCCUUGUUCUUCGAGUAGGAAGGCAAUGGACACUUCGCAGAGGAAAGGGAGCGGAGUGCCGAUGCCUUCCUCUCAAAUUCCUCGGCCAAGCGAAAAGUAUGGAAGAGAUCUUCGAUUAGGCGAAGGGAAUGGGCAUUUAAGCAGCAAGAACGAUAAGGAGAAGGGAGUCAAUGUUCAAGUUAUUCUCAGAUGCAGACCUUUGAGUGAGGAAGAGGAGAGCUUGCGGAUGCCGGCGGUGAUAUCCUGCAAUGAGAUGAAGAGAGAAGUAUCGGCAAUUCAGAAUUUUGGGAACAAACAGAUUGAUAAAACUUUUGUGUUUGAUAAGGUUUUUGGACCAACAUCCCAACAACUGGAUUUAUUCAAUCAAUCCAUCUCUCCAAUUGUUGAUGAGGUGCUUGAGGGCUUUAACUGCACAAUUUUCGCCUAUGGGCAGACUGGUACUGGAAAAACUUAUACUAUGGAAGGAGGAAAGAAAGCAAAGCAUGGGGAGUUCUCCAGUGAUGCAGGUGUAAUCCCAAGGUCUGUUCGGCAGAUUUUUGAAUCACUUGAAGCACAGUGUGCGGACUACAGCAUGAAAGUUAGUUUUCUGGAGCUGUAUAACGAGGAAAUAACAGAUCUUUUGGCUCCAGAUGAGCUUAAGAUAUCGGAUGAUAAAUCUAAGAAACCUAUAGCUCUCAUGGAAGAUGGGAAAGGAGGUGUCUUUGUUAGAGGACUAGAGGAGGAGAUAGUUUGCUCUGCUAGUGAGAUAUACAAGAUACUAGAUAGAGGUUCUGCAAAGAGGCGCACGGCAGAGACUCUACUUAACAAGCAGAGCAGUCGUUCUCAUUCCAUAUUUUCAAUCAUAAUUCAGAUCAAGGAGGUUACUCCAGAGGGUGAAGAACUGAUCAAAAUUGGGAAGCUUAAUCUUGUGGAUUUAGCUGGUUCGGAGAAUAUUUCCAGAUCAGGUGCUCGUGAGGGGAGAGCAAGGGAGGCUGGAGAGAUAAAUAAAAGUUUGCUUACUCUUGGCCGUGUCAUAAAUGCACUUGUUGAGCACAUUGGCCAUAUUCCUUACAGAGAGAGCAAAUUGACAAGAUUACUGAGGGAUUCCUUGGGAGGAAGAACAAAGACUUGUAUCAUUGCAACUAUAUCACCCUCUAUUCAGUGUUUAGAAGAGACACUGAGCACAUUAGAUUAUGCACAUCGUGCCAAAAAUAUAAAGAACAAACCAGAGAUUAAUCAAAAAAUGACGAAAUCUGCAGUGAUGAAAGAGUUAUGCUCUGAGAUUGACCGUCUCAAACAAGAAGUAAAUGCUGCAAGAGAGAAAAACGGAAUAUACAUCCCCAGGGAUCAGUUCCAGCAAGAAGAAGCUGAGAAGAAGGCUAUAGCAGAGAAAAUGGAAAGCAUGGAAUUCGAAUUGGAAUCAAAAGAUAAGCAAUUAAUUGGGCUUCAAGAGCUUUACGAUUCACAACAACAUUUGAGUGAACAGUUAAGUGAAAAGUUCGACAAUGCCCAGAAAAAAUUGAAAGACCAUGAAAACAUGGUUGUUGACCUGGAAGAAAGAUGUCAAAAGGCAAAGUGUACAAUAAGGGAAAAGGAAUAUCUGAUAAUGAAUCUCCUCCAUUCCGAAAAAGGGCUUGUUGAACAUGCCCGUGCUCUUCGAUUAGAGCUAGAGCAUGCUGCUGCAGAUAUUUCUGGAUUGUGCUGCAAAAUUGAGAACAAAGAUAAGAUAGAAGAGAGGAAUAAAAUUACUGUCCAGAAGUUCCAAUCACAAUUGACUCAACAACUGCAAAAUUUACAUAAAGUUGUCUUAACUUCUGCGAUGCAGCAAGAGAAUCAACUAAAAAAAAUAGAGGAAGGCAUGCAAUCAUUUGUUUCAACGAAGGCUAUGGCUGCUACAGAACUUAUAGCAUGGGUUGAAAAACUGAAAGCUCUGUAUGGCUCAGGAAUAGCAACGAUGGAUGGUUUGGCAGGAGAAAUAGAUCAAAAUUCUCGAGUAACUUUGGGGAAGUUGUACUCACAAAUGUUAACAAAUUCUUCUUCUCUUGAUGAAUGCCUUAAAAGUAUUGCUUGGGAGGCAGAGAAUUUGCUGAAAGAGCUUGAAAGUAGCCUUUCUAAUCAAGAGGUUAAAUUGAAUACAUUUGCAAAACUGCAAAGAGAGGGAAACCAAAGAACUGUGGAGGCAACACGCUCCAUUUCAAAUACAACUACAAACUUCUUCCAUAGUUUAGAUGUUCAUGUAUCUAUGUUGAACAAAAUUAUGGAAGAAACACAGACUGCACAAAACCAACAAUUAAGUGAACUCGAGAGGAAAAUUAAGGAGUGUGCUGCUAAUGAAGAAGAGCAAUUGCUAGGGAAGGUGGCGGAGAUGUUGGCAAGUUCAAAUGCUCGGAAGAAAAAACUGGUUCAAACAGCAGUUGACACUCUCAAAGCAAGUGCUGCUGAUCGAACACAUGAUCUACAAAACGAAAUCUCUAAUGCUCAAAGUUUCACAUCAUUUGUUAAAGAGAAAUGGGAGUUAUACAUGGAAGAAACUGAAAACCAUCACCUUCAGGAUACUGUGGCAGUGGAAAACGGAAGAUGCUGCUUGGAAGAAGGCCUGAAAGAAUGCAUGGCAGACAUAAAAAUUGGUUCACUGCUAUGGAAAAAUGCUCAGGAUUCUUUGUUGAGCUUGACGAAAGGAAAUGUAGCAUCAGUGGAAUCAAUAGUUAGGAAUGGAAUGGAAUCCAAUCAGCAACGAAGAGCAAACUUGUCUUCUGCUACCACGACAGCGCUAGAGCACGUUGAUGUAGGAAACAAGAGUAUUCAAUCCUCUUUGGACAGUUCUUUAAAACAUGAUCAUGAUGCAUGUGCAAGCAUCUGUUCCUUUAUCGCCCCAUCUCAAAGGGACCUGUGGAACAUGAGGAAUGGACACUAUCAAAAGAUUGUCGAGAUCACAGAAAAUGCUGCAAGAUGCUUAGAACAAGAAUAUACGAUGGAUGAACCAGCUUUUUCAACUCCAAGGAGGGUGAUCAAUUUUCCAGGUGGGGCAUCCAUCGAGGAGUUAAAAACACCAGCCUUUGAAGAACUGCUUAAGGGAUUCUGGGAGUCCAAAUCUGCUUGCAAACAAGCAAAUGGUGAUAUAAAGCAUCUAUAUACAGCAUAUGAGUAUCAUUCGCAGGCCUUGAGAGAUUCUAGAGUUCCCUUAACUACACAAUAUUAA